CGAAAUGUUCUGCACAAAUUUGCUGGAAAAUAUGAAAGUGGUGUAUAUGGAGCUAGCCUUAUCCAUUUGUAAUCUAACAGCUCAGCCAAACGAUGCUGACCAUUUAAGCUUUUCCCUCCCUCAUCUCUGCAACAGUUGAGUCUAGACUCCAAUGGAGCAAACCAUCUCCAAUUCUCAAAAUAUACCAUCUUCAACCCACAAAUCAUUCUCUAAAACAAGAAAGAAAAAGAGAUACCAGUUCAAAGUCCAGUGCCUUCAAACUACAGAUCCACUCACAGAAAACCCCGUAUCUGCUCAGUCUCUUCUUCAAACACCCAGCUCCUCAGCAUCAUUACAAUCUCAUGAUUCAUCCAAGCAAAUCCAUGCCCAGAUCAUUAAAAGUGGAGGAAAAUGGAUGUCUUGCUCUCUUACUUGCAACCUUAUCCAAUUGUGCUUAGAAACUGGAGACACCCAGUCAGCAGCAAUGUUGUUUUCCGCAGGUUUAGAUAGUGGCUCUCUCUCAUUGAGCUACCUAACAGAUGCAUUUGACAAAGGAAGAGUCGAUCCCUACGAGUUCCUUAGAAUUUUUCAGCAUUUGCAUAGAACUGGAAGUGUCUCAAAUGUCAGAAUUCUCACUGCAGCUAUAAAAAUAUCAGCAGAAUUGGGUGAUUCGUGGCUUGCUUUCCAAAGCCACGCCUUAAUUGCUAAAUCAGGUUUAGAUGCUGAAACCCUUCUGAAGUGUUAUCUGAUGGAUUUUUAUGCAGAAUUUUUUAGCAUGGAAUCCACAGAGAAGUUGUUUCGAGAAACACCCGUAAAAUGUGAUGUACUUUGGAAUAAAGCCGUUAUGUUGAAUGCAGAGAAGGAGUUAUGGUGGAAAGCUAUUGAGUUAUUCCGCGAGAUGCAGAGUUCAAAUGUGAAGGCCGAUGAAAUCACUAUGGCUAAAAUUCUCAAUUCAUGUGGGAGAGUUGAGGCUCUUAGGCUUGGCAAACAGAUACAUGGGCAUGUAAUUAGAUCAGGACUUCUACCAAACCUGUUAGUGAGCAAUUCAUUGAUCACAAUGUACUCCAAGAACUCUUCUAUAGAAUCUGCAAGAAGAGUGUUUGAAUCCAUACCAAACCCGAGUCUUGUCUCGUGGAACUCCAUGAUCUCUUGUUGUUCUCUCAACGGCUUUCUAGUCAAUGCAAUGGAGCUUUUCAAUGACAUGGUUGAAUCUGGGAUGGAGACCGACGUGGUGACAUGGAAUUGCCUCAUCUCCGGUCACUCUCUUCAUGGAUUCAAUCACCAAGUUUUUGAACUUUUCAGAAGAAUGCAAUUUAAGGGUCUGAAGCCCAAUUCGAGCACAAUCACCAGCGUUCUUCGUGCAGUUUCUGGGUCUAAUUUGAUUAAAUUCGGGAAAGAAAUACAUGGAUGUGUGAUGAGAAAUGGUCUUGAAUGCAAUGUAUACACUGGAACUUCGCUUGUAGAUAUGUACUUGAAAUGCUGCAGUUUGUCAAAUGCUCAUAGGCUUUUUGAUACAAUGAAGCAUAGGAAUGUAAUUACUUGGAAUUCUCUGAUAACAGGGUAUGCCUAUGCUGGGUUUCUUGAUGAAGCUCUACAACUUUUGAAGAGAAUGGAGAAUGGAGGCCUUCAGCCUAACAUAAUCACAUGGAAUGCUUUGAUUUCUGGUUACUCGAUGAAAGGGCAGAGCAGGCAAGCUUUAGUAUUGAUUCGUCAACUAAAAUCGAUAGGACAAAAGCCAAAUGUGGUCUCAUGGACUGCUAUAAUCUCUGGAUGUUGUCAAAAUGAGCAGUAUGAAGAUAGUUUAUACUUCUUCACUGAGAUGCAGAAAGAAGGAAUCAAGCCCAAUUCAGCUACUCUUGCAACUGUUCUCCGAGCUUGUUCAAGUCUUGCUUUGCUAAAUAAGGGAGAAGAGAUUCACUGUUUUGCAACAAGAAUAGGAUUGGAUACAGAUAUAUAUGUAGCUACAUCACUCAUUGAUAUGUACUCUAAAUCUGGAAGCUUACGAAAUGCUUACCAAGUCUUUAAGAAGAUUGAAAACAAGAAUCUAGCUUCAUGGAAUGCAAUGAUCAUGGGCUUUGCAGUUUAUGGCCAAGCGAAACAAGCCUCUUUGCUUUUCGAUGAGAUGUCUAAAUUAGCGGUUAAACCUGAUGGAAUAACUUUCACGGCACUUCUCUCAAGUUGCAGGCAUUCAGGUCUGAUCACUGAAGGAUGGAAGUACUUUGAUGGAAUGAAAACUAAGUAUGGGGUUGUUCCGAGAUUAGAACAUUAUACUUCCAUUGUUGAUCUCCUAGCUCGAUGGGGGUAUCUUGAUGAAGCAUUGGACUUCAUACAAGACAUGCCAUUAGAGCCUGAUGCCAGCCUGUGGGGUGCUCUACUCGGAGCUUGUAGAACUCACAGAAAUCUUGAGAUUGCAGAGAUAGCUGCUAGAAAUCUGUUCAAGUUAGAGCCACAUAACUGUGCGAACUAUCUAUUGAUGAUGAGUUUAUAUGCAUAUGAGAAUCGAUGGGAAGAUGCGGAGAACAUGAGAAAUGCAAUGAAUGCAGCUGGACUGAAGAGCAAAUCUGGAUGGAGCUGGAUUCAAAUUGGCCAAACUGUGCAUGUUUUCUCUGCUGAAGGGAAACAACAUGAAGAUAUUGGAGAGAUAUAUUUCGAAUUGUAUCAGUUGAUUUCUGAAUUGAAGAAGUCUGGUUAUGUUCCUGAUACAAGCUGCAUUGUUCGUAAUGUUAGAGAGGAAGCAAAGGAGAAAUUGUUGAUGGCUCAUACUGAGAAGUUGGCGAUAACCUAUGGAUUAAUCAAUACUAGUAAAACUACAAUGAUUAGAGUGAUAACAAAUACAAGGGUAUGCAAUGACUGCCACACAAUGGCAAAGUGUGUGUCAAAGAUUACAGGUCGAGAGAUUUAUCUUAGAGAUGGUGUGCGAUUUCACCACUUCAUAGGUGGGGAGUGUUCAUGCAAUAAUUACUGGUAGAAGUUGAAAGAGGCACUUAUACUGAUUAUGAGAUGUGCUGAUAGCUAAAACAAUCGAUCAAUGUAAUCUGCUUGUGAACUGAACUCAGAAGCCUUGAUCAUGAAUAGAGAGGCCAAAAAGAAGCGCAAAUUCAACAAAAUAGUGCAAUUAAAAGAAACUACUUGAUAACCCAUAGCUCAGAAACUACAGCAAGAUGAAAGGUCUGAUGAAAAUAAAAGUGCGUAAAGAAAUAUCAAUGAAGAUGACAUAGGAAUCCAUAGAAAUAUUAUAAGACUGGGAAUGUUAAAGAUGUCGUAGUUUGUAAAAUAUAUGUGAAUGAGAU